AUGGCUACUCGCUCCAAUCUGUACUUUUCACCUGAAAUUGACCUGAGUGCAAUGACUGAAGAGGUCAACCGUUAUUCGGGUUCAGUGAAACGUGAUUAUGGUGGCCCAUCAAGACAGGGGAUUCUUCGUGGUAGGCCAUCCAACCGGUCAGCGGAAAUUGUCCAACGGCUACAAGCUAACGAUAAUGAGAUAAAAAGGUCAGGGACGAGUAGAAAUCAGGAAAAGGAAUCAUGUUUCUAG